CCCGCCUGGCGGCGGGAUGUGAGAUGGACGGGGUAUAAAACGAGGGUACAACCGCGUCUGCGCCGCGACUCGGGCUUAAAGUUUUGGCAGACACUUGAGGGCUGGAGCGAUCGAGUUGUGAACUGCCGGCCUGUCUUCGGCAACGUCCAGCAUGACUGCCACGUAAAGCACAUAUAUGGAAUCUUUGAACAAAUGGGCAAGGGCACGCAAGCAUGUUGGAACGCAUCAAAGCCAACUAGGCCGGUGCCAUCUCCCGUUCGGUCGGAAGAAAGGUUUCUCUCGCCUGCUGGCAUGUCCCGGCCUGUGCGUCCUCCUCCGCCGCCACCACCAGCAGCAGCAAUCCCCGACACCGCCGACAUUCGGACGGCUCACAAGCCCUGGUGGCAGAUCAUGUGGGCGUCAACCGACGCCAGCGCCCUGUCGCCAACGCGGCCGCCGCAGCUCUGCGGCGCUAGUCCGGGGAUGCGCAGCUAG